AUGGAGGAGGGGGAAAGGAGCCCCCUGCUGUCGCAGGAUGCUGGGGGUCAGGAACCACCCCUCGCCGGGAACAGCCCCCUCACUUCACGUCACCCAGGGCCAGCACCCUGGGAGGACCAGGCCCAGAGGGCAGGCCUCGGGGGGGUCCUGGCCUGCUGCUUCCCCUGGGGAAGCAGCUGCCUCAAGUGCCUGAUCUUCCUGUCCAACUUCGUCUUCUCUCUGCUCAGCCUGCUGGCCCUGGCCAUCGGGCUCUGGGGCCUGGCCGUCAAGGGGUCUCUGGGGAGUAGUUGGGGAGGCCCCCUGCCCACAGACCCCAUGCUGGGGCUGGUGCUGGGCGGGCUGGCGUUCAGCGCAGUGAGCCUGGCAGGCUGCCUGGGCGCCCUCUGCGAGAACGCCUUUCUGCUGCGCUGCUUCUCUGGGGGCAUCCUCGCCUUUCUGGUGCUAGAGGCCGUGGCAGGGGCCCUGGUGGUGGCCUUCUGGGGCCAGUUACAGGAUGACCUGGAGCACGUCCUACACAUGGCCAUCACACACUACCAAGACGACCCAGACUUGUGCUUCCUCAUUGACCAAGUUCAGCUCGGGCUGCAGUGCUGCGGGGUGGCCUCCUACCAGGACUGGCAGUGGAACCUGUACUUUAACUGCAGCUCCCCUGGGGUCCAGGCCUGCAGCCUUCCUGCCUCCUGCUGUAUCAACCCCUGGGAAGAUGGAGCCUCAGUCAAUGACCAGUGUGGCUUCGGGGCCCUGGGCCUGGAUGAGGACGCGGCCCAGAGGGUGGUGCACUUGGAGGGCUGCGGCCCCCCACUCCUCCAGUGGCUGCACAGCAACAUCUGGGCUGCAGGUGGCUACGCCAUCGUGGUCGUGGUGGUCCAGGGGGCAGAGCUCCUGCUGGCCACCCAGCUGGUGAGGGCCCUGGCUGUCCACAAGAGGGCAGCAGAGAGUGAGGGCUUGUCCACAGGACCCCCAGACUCAGUGCCCUCCCCUCUGCCAAACUGGUCCUGGACUGACUGGCAGGUGAGACGAAAGACCAGGGCACCGGGAUGGGGUCUGGGGCUGCAGGCCUCCCCUCCCCUCCCAGGGAAGGUGUCAGAAUAACCCGCCUUGGUGCUUGUGGACACGCACCUUGUGCCCCCAGGCCUCCUCCACCUGCUGGCCUCUGGCUCCCCAGGGUCCCCUUUCCCC